AAGAGGGCAAGCAAAAGAGGCAGGAGGGAAGAGGUCGCGUUGGUUACAAGCAAAAAGAAAGAACCUUCUGGGAUCCUUCGGGGAUCAAAUUGCAAAACGCGAAUAAUGCGCACAAAGGUAUUUAUUUUUGGAGGGUGGAAAUCGAAUCCCCCAAAAGAUACAUGCUUUUUUAGCCCCCCAUCCAUGGCCGUCCUCCUCCUCCUCCUCCAACUCUAAGUAUAUUCUCAGAGACACAUCACAAAAUACAUACACACAUUGUUUGUACUACAUAACUGACGCUUUCACAAAGACAACAUAUAUGAGGUUGUCCCUUAAGCUCAACCCACGACAAGUAAUCCGAGGUGGUUGUGGUAAUCCGAGGUGGCUGUGGUGGUGGUCUUUGAGUCCGAGGAUCACUCCCCCACUACCUGUAAAUCCGUUAAUUUCUCCCUCCUACUCGUCUUCCUUGUCCCGAACGCUAGCGCAUCUUUUCGAGAGCCCGGUCAUUUUCUUUCAAUCCAAUCGACGUCAAGAAAAAGCGGUUUUGUUUUUUUGUUGUGCCCAUUGUUUUGGGCCCUUGUUUCCGGCAAAAGGCAGCGGGCAGUUGUUUUGCAUUUUUUGAUAUUGUGGGUUGCUCUGCCUCCUCUGUCUGCUGCGGCGAGAUUUGUACAUGUUUAUUUAUUGGUGGGAAAGUUGAGAGAAUAAUAAGACGAUGACGAUGACGAAGACGAAGGGAAGGAUUUCGAGAAUUGGAAGCUACGCAAUUGCGUCUUCCAAACGAGACGGCCACCACCAACAGCCCUGCAUUACCUGCACCACUUUCAACAUCCUCGCUCCAAUUUACAAGCGCCUCAACCAUGACGACCCCGAUUGUCGGGAAAGCAAUUACAGAGCCUAUUGGCUGGCCAGGAAUCAAAGGAUAUUGGAUUGUUUGUUGGCUGAGAGAUCGUCCAUCAUUUGUCUGCAGGAGUUCUGGGUCAGCAACGAAGAGCUUGUUAACAUUUACGAGAAGAGACUUGGGGAUGCCGGUUAUAUCAGUCUCAAACUAGGACGAACCAACAACCGUGGCGAUGGUUUGCUGACCGCAGUGCAUAAAGACUACUUUAGAGUUGUAAACUAUGUAGAGUUGCACUUCAAUGAUUGUGGUGAUCGUGUUGCUCAGUUGUUACAUGUGGAAUUAGCCACCCCAAUUUCGCAGUUUCGAAACAAUGAUAUUCGGCAGGAAAUUCUCAUUGUGAACACCCACUUGUUAUUUCCUCAUGACUCGAGUUUGUGUUUAGUUCGACUGCAUCAGGUCUACAAAAUCCUUCAACAUGUAGAAUCUUAUCAGAAAGAUAACAAGCUUAAUCCCAUGCCGAUUAUACUCUGCGGUGACUGGAAUGGAAGCAAAAGUGGACAUGUUUACAAGUUUCUUCGGUCCCAGGGGUUUGUAUCUUCUUAUGAUACUGCUCAUCAUUACACCGAUGCAGAUGCACAUAAGUGGGUUAGCCACAGAAACCAUCUGGGAAACAUAUGCGGCGUUGAUUUUAUAUGGCUUCUCAAUCCUGAUAGAUACCGUAAGCUACUAAAAACUAGUUGGACCGAAGCAGUAUUUGGCAUGUUCAAGUACCAACUACGAAGAGCUUCACUGACAGAGGCUGAUGCCUUUGCCUUUCUAAAGGCUGAUAAUCCUGGUGAUUACAUAACCUCUUCAGGUUUCUGUGAAGCACUUCGACAGCUUAAUAUGACGGGUCAUUGCCAUGGACUUAGCCUCGAAGAGACAAAGGAUUUGUGGGUUCAAGCAGACAUAGAUGGGAACGGCCUUCUUGAUUAUAUAGAAUUUCAGCAGCGAAUUUGGUAUCCUACGGGGUCAGAGCAGAAGGAUGAAAGCGGUAGCGACUGUGACAGUGAUUCCAAGGGUAUUCAGGAACAAACAAUUGGUUUCAGUGUCAAAAACGCGGUGCUCUUCCCUCCUGAAGUGGAGAAAGGAACGUGGCCCGAAGAUUACUCUCUUUCCGAUCAUGCACGACUCACAGUGGUUUUCUCACCAAUAAGAAUGCCUUGCUCUCAGAUGGUUCCCUGAC